UCGAUCGGCGUUACGCGCAGUCCAUUUUUCCCGUUCGCGACCAACCACCACGCGCCGGACCGCAUCAUGAGAAAUUUGAAUCAGAACGGUGAAGAGUUCGAUCUGAUCGCCGAGAGCGGGAGCAACGAUUUCGACUCGUCGACAACAACGAUUCCCCAAGAAGAGAACGACGAGGAAGAGCUGAACGAUCCGUAUUGCGUCGAGGAUAAUCCCCAGAGGAUCACCUUCGAGGACGUCACGUCGGCCGCUUUCAAGAUCAAAUGCGGGAUCAUCAACACGCCAUGCGUGAAAUCGCGGCUGUCGGAUACGAUCGGCGUGGAUCUAUACCUGAAGAAGGAUUUCCUCCAAGUAACCGGAAGCUUCAAGGAGCGCGGGGCGAGGUACGCCCUGGUGAUGCUGUCCGAGGAACAGAAGAAGAUCGGCGUGAUCUCGGCCUCGUUGGGUAACCACGCCGGUGCGCUAUGCUAUCACGGGUACAAGCUCGGUAUACCGGUGACGGUGGUGAUGCCCGUGAUUGCGCCUAUCAUGAAGAUCGUCGCUUGUCGCCAAUACGGCGCGAACGUGAUCGUCGAUGGCCUCGACAUGGAAGAGGCGAGGCGUAUCGCGCUUAGACGGGCCAAGGAGAAAGGGCUGACGUAUAUAAAUGGAUACGAUUAUCCGGACGUUAUAGCGGGGCAAGGAACGCUGGGCCUCGAGAUCGUGGAGCAAGUUUCCAACAUAGAUGCUGUGGUCGUACCGAUCGGAGGCGGUGGCUUGAUCGCGGGCGUAGCUCUGGCCGUGAAAAACCUUCAUCCGAACGUAACGAUUAUCGGCGUUGAGUCGGAAAAGUGUCCCAGUUUCUACAAGGCACGAAAGGCGGAUCGACCGACGUACACUCGUAUAGAUUCGACGUUGGCCGACGGUUUGGCCGUCCCAGUGGUGGGAUACAACGCUUUUGCGACCGCGAAUCCGUUGAUCGACAAGUUGGUGGUGGUGAAGGAAGAAUGGAUCGCGAUCGCGAUCUUGAAACUGGUCGAGAACGAGAAGUGUAUCGUCGAGGGCGCGGGGGCCACUGGAUUGGCCGCCAUCUUGGCCGGCCAAUUGGAGGAGCUGAAAGGAAAAAGAGUGGUGCUGCCUUUGUCGGGCGGAAACAUCGACACGACGAUCCUCGGCAGGUGUUUGGACCGCGGACUGGCGGCGGAAGGCCGGCUUUUGAAGUUCACAGUGACCGUAUCCGAUCGACCGGGCGGAAUCGCGGAGCUUUGCAGAAUGCUGGCGAGCAUCGGUGUCUCGAUAAAGGACAUCAUGCACGAGCGGGCUUGGAUCAUGUCGGACAUCUUCAGCGUGGACGUGAAAGUGGUCUGCGAGACCAGGAAUCGGGAACACGCGGAACAAUUGAAGAACAUGUUGUAUCAGAAAUAUCAGAAGGUCGUGUUCGGGACCAGCGACGUGGCCACCCUGAAUUUGCCUGUGAGCGUGUAACUCGCUCUCUCUCUCUCGGCUCCCAAAAUCUCCUGUGAUUAGGACGAGAUUCGAGAAUUUUAAUCGUCCCAGAAUCGAUGGAUCGCGAUGUUUUGAGAUCGAAGAAAACGAUCUUUCUCUUUUAGAUCAGAUAUUUACGUAAUAUUUUAUUAUAAAAAUACGAAAGUUAGUGUUAGUUAGUGGAUAGAGAGUUUUUGGGAACAAUUCGAGAUCGCUUUGAGCAUCCCAGAAUCGAUGGAUGCGAUCGAAGAAAACGAUUUUUCUUUUUUUUUCGAUAGGAUAUUUAUAUAUCUAUUGUAAAAAUACGAAAAUUUAAUUAAGAGAGAAGAUUAUAAUUAAGAGAGAGCACACAGUUUGAUUUUUGGAAAUAAUUCGAGAUCGCUUUGAGCAUCCCAGAAUCGAUGGAUGCGAUCGAAGAAAACGAUUUUUCCUUUCGAUCAGAUAUUUAUGUAAUACUUUAUUAUAAAAAUACGAAAGUUACU